AUGGACGAAUCUCCGGCGGUGCCGCCGCUCGCAGAAGCGUCCAAGCCCCACAGGAGGAGCCUGGUGAGCUCGCUAAUGGACGUCGCCGCCACAAGCCUUCUCCAGUCCCCAUCCUUCAGGGAGGACACCUACUUCUUCCAGCGGCUCAGGCAUUCAGAGCAGAGGGCGCUGCAGGAGCUCAAGGGUCUUCUGGCUUCGUCCUCCGCCACCGAUGGUUCCUCUCCUCCGUUGUCCAUGUGGGGGAUCCCCUUGCUUGAAGGAGACGAGAGAGCCGACGUGAUCCUCCUCAAGUUCCUCCGGGCGAGAGACUUCAGCGUGUCACAGGCGCACACCAUGCUCCUCCGCUGCAUCGCAUGGCGGAGCGAUUUCGCGGUGGAGAAUGUGCUGGAAGACGAUCUAGGGUUUAAGGAGCUGGAAGGGGUGGUCGCCUUUAUGCAUGGAUCCGAUCGAUUGGGGCACCCAGUCUGCUACAAUGCGUAUGGAGUUUUCAAGGACCGGGAGAUGUACGAUCGGGUGUUCGGCGACGACGACAAGCUGAAGCGCUUCCUCCGGUGGCGAGUGCAGGUGAUGGAACGCGGCGUCAGGAUGCUCCAGUUCAAGCCGGGCGGCGUGAACUCGAUCAUUCAGGUCACUGAUCUCAAGGACAUGCCGAAGAGGGAGCUCCGGAUGGCAUCUAACCAGAUCCUCUCUCUGUUCCAGGACAACUAUCCGGAAAUGGUGGCACGGAAGGUGUCGUAGAUCUGAUUCUAGCUUUCAUUCUUCGCUCUUGGUCCUGAUUCACCGAGUUCUCAUCGGACUUUUCCCCAUUCCGUGUGGAUGCCGCCGUGCAGGUGUUCAUCAACGUGCCCUGGUAUUUCAGCAUGCUGUACUCGAUGUUCAGCCCCUUUCUAACGCAACGAACUAAGAGCAAGUUUGUGAUCGCCAAGGAGGGGAAUGUCGCCGAGAUCCUUUACAAGUGAGAGGCUAAUUUCAUCAAUCCUCUCCCGGAUUUGUUAGGGAUCAAUUGUUCUCCCUCUUCUCCGUUUUCUUCCCAGUUGUCCUGAGCACGUCUGGUCCUUCCAGGUUCAUCAGACCCGAAUACGUGCCCGUCCAGUACGGCGGCCUGAGCCGACCUGGGGACUUGGAGAACGGCCAACCAAAGCCGGCGUCGGAGUUCGCCGUCAAAGGCGGCGAGAGGGUGAACCUCGAAAUUGACGGGAUCGAGGUGCUCCUCAUUCAUCUUGAAGAAAUUCUCCAUUUAGGAAGAGAGAGAGAGAUCCGUUUUCUCUGUCGCUGCCCGGUGUUUCGCCUUGAGAAUGGAAAUACUCAUACGGAUUGGCCAUUGCUGCUGCCAGGUCGGUGCCACGAUAACCUGGGACAUAGUCGUCGGCGGCUGGGAGCUGGACUACGGCGCUGAGUACAUCCCUGCGGCGGAGAGCAGCUACACGGUUGUUAUCGAGAAGACUAGGCGGAUGAACGCUGCCGACGAGCCGAUCCACAACUCCUAUACCUCCAGGGAAGCGGGGAAGAUGGUGAUCUCCAUCGACAACACCGGAUCCCGCAGGAAGAAGGUCGCAGCCUACAGGUACUUCGUCCGCAAGCCUUCCGCGUGA